AUGCUCCAAGACGCCCAAAACCAGUACUACUACGCGACAAGCAAAAACCGAAGCCACGCCAGAGACAAACCCACCAUUUCCCCCAUCUUCACGCGAGCGUUCUCGCCGUUGCCCGAGUCUUGCUGCGUGAAGCGGCGCAGUCUGCUUGGUUACGGAGACCGCGAUGCCAGCAGCAGCAUCAACAGCAGCAAUGUCGUGCUGUCCGAGGCCGAGGUAUACGAGGUCUUUCGAAGCAGCCGCACCCGAACAUCGCUGCAUACCACGGCGCUGGCGUAG